CCUGCUCUCUUUGUUUUAUUUUCGAAAUUAUUUUGAAUAAAACGCUUCAGAGCGAUACGCGGACUUCAGUAGCAGACAGACGAGCGUCGUGAGCGUUUCAGCAAAUCGAACUAUAUGUAGUUGAGUUAUACAAUAGACCCGAACCGUAUAAUCAUUUGCAUACAUAAGGAACUGAAGCCGAUGUGUGACUGUGGCUAGAUCGUACUAAGUACAAAUAAAGCGCGGGCGACAAAGACUUCCUAAUUAAAACGGAAAAUAAGCAUACAGCGAUUUUGUUUACGAAUGAGAGUGUUGUCGCAGGUGUAACGAUAUAUACGAAAAAUACAAAAACCGACCUUCAAAUAUUAAGAAUUUCACAAACUCAAAACACUCGGUCGUGAAAUUUAACUAAGGAAUAAAGAGUGUGUGAAAAAACGAGUUUAUAUUUAGUACAGCCUUUAAGAAACUGUGGAAAUCAGACAUACCCUUGAUGAAAUCAGCCUGAAAACUCGCCGGAAUAUCUGUCGAAUACGGAAAAUCGAAAACCUGACGACAGAUGGCCUACCGCUUUCGACGCUAUUGUCACACACAGAUACAGAAACAACACCCCAAUACACUGAAACAAAAAGCAAAGAAAAAAAGCAAAACAACACACACUGAGAAAGUGUCGGCGACGUCGACGUAGCCAAUUUGUGCGCUAUUUUUAUGUGAAUGAAAAUAAAUAAAAUACAAAGUAUAUAGGACGAGAAAAAAUACGCGAACGAAACAGCAGCAGCAGCACUCAUCUAUAGAUACUGCAGAGUAUAUACGGAACGAAAUAAUCAGCAACUACCGAAUCGACUUUGGCAUUGAAAUACCUAUAGCUGCCACCUCUUUCGGGGGAGAAACAAUGUCCAAUCAGGCACCCUGGCCCGUCCGCAAGGGCAUCUUCCGCUCGACCGGUCAGUCGGACUUCACGCCCACGCGAUCGCCCAGUCCCAUUGUGGAGAUGCCGCUCUCACCGCCGCCGGUGGCCACGCCACCCAGUCGAUUUGGAAUCACCUCGCCGCUCUCCCCGCCGCCACAGCCCAUCCAAGUGGUGGCGGCUUCGACGACAGCCACUACCAUGUCCACUGCGUCCGCUGCCAGAAUGUCUGGAGCAGCUGCCUCCACUUGUUCUUCAUCCUCGUCCUCCUCUUCCUCGUCGUCGUCGUCGCAAUCCUCUUCCAGUUCUAGUUCGCACACCAGAGUACGUAAAAGUUCUAACCCGCCCCCACAGCCAAUUAGCAACUGUCCACUGUCGCCACCACCACUCCAACAACCGCCACAACAGCAACAACUGCCACCACCUACAACGCCCAUCAGCAACACCAACCACUCGGCAAUUACAACACCCAAUCACAAUAAUAACCACAACUGCAAUCAAAUGAAAAAUGUUCGUGAAAUCCCCAUUGAGGUGGAGCAGAGCAAGGUAUAACACAGCAGGGGGCGUGUUUGUUGAGCUUUAGUCUAGACUUAGUGACCCAGGGAGGUUAAUCGAUGAUAAGACUAGGUUUUUCGCCAUGUAUAACAGUUUGUAUAACAGUCCCGAAACUGUUUUACGCGAGUAUUUUCAUUCCAAGGGAAAAUAAGUGAUGUAUACACACUCUUAACACACUUUGUGAUCAAUUAUGUUGCUCUAUUUAUUUAAUUGUUAUACACAUCUUACGAAACUUCCACAAAUAGUGCAUGAAUUGAGUGUACAAAUGUUUGUAUAACAGUUUCAAAUCUGAUAUUUUUGUACAUUUUGCAUUGUGUUACAUGAUUACUUUUACGAAUAUAUUACCUAUCUUUAUUUGCGAACAUCCUACAACUUGAAUCUUCACUAACUGUUAUACAUUCCA